AUGACUUCUCAAAUUAAAUCUAGAUUGGAUAUAUUGAUAAAUGUGAUGAUGGCUGAUCCCGUAUUCAAUCCUCCAAGUCAAGAAGAGACGGAAACAAAAAUUGGUAAUGGUAAAAAAGUUGAAGUAAUUACUGCAGCGACGAAAAAUUCAAUAAAUAAAGUUAAAAAACCAAAUUGUAUUCGUAAGAAAAGAACUUUGAAUAAAAGUGCAGAGUAUGUUAAUUUUACCAUUGGUCAAGAAUCAUUUGUCAGUUUGGGGCCCAAGAGGUCUACCUCUGGUAAGAACUUGAACAAGUUUGGGUAUUGCACUAGAUGUGGUAUUAAAUCUUCACCUGAAUGGAGAAAGAACCCACAAGGGGAAACCUCGUUGUGUAAUGCCUGUGGGUUAAAUUUGAAAAAAUUAACCAAAGCCUAUUCUGAGAAUGGUGUUCGAUAUUUUUUGAAAACAUAUGACAAACCAUUCAAACGAAGUAUUCCAAGUAUUGAAGAGUUGGAAAGGACUUUGAAUGAGGAAUAA